AUGGCGUCGAUAAAGUGUGUGGUUGUCGGCGAUGGCGGGGUGGGGAAAACCAGUCUUUUGAUCUCCUACACCACGUCAAGGUUCCCCCUCCAGUAUACACCUACAGUGUUUGACAGUUAUGCCGUGUCAAUAUUGGUGGCUGACGUCCCCUAUACCCUCUGUUUAUUCGAUACUGCCGGCCAGGAAGACUUUGACCGGCUCCGCCCGUUGUCGUACCCGGCUACUGAUGUGUUUGUGGUAUGCUUUUCCGUCGUCCGCCCCACAUCGCUCGAGAAUAUUAAGGUGAAAUGGCUACCUGAGCUUAGCCACUACUCGCCGGGAGUCCCCUGUAUUCUCGUGGGUACCCAAAUCGAUUUGAGGGACGAUAUCAAGACGCUUGCUCAAUUAGCUAAGGAAGACGAACGGCCAGUCUCUAAAGAGGCGGGACGAAAAUUUGCUCUCCGCUCAGGAAUGCAAGAAUACUUUGAAUGCUCUGCUCUUCAACAGCGAGGGUUGAAGGAGAUCUUUGAUGAAGCAAUCACUAUUGCCCUCCAGCCCAAACUCACUGCCACUGCCAAACGAUGCAUCGUGUUAUAA